UGGCUGAACUGAAGACGCGCCGUGCGUACUCGUGUGUGUGUGUGUGUUCGCGUGAGAUGUUUGCUUUAAUAUUCACAAUUUACAACGAUUAAAAUAUUUAUAUAUUAUAUACACACACGUAUAUAUAUAUAUAUAUAUAUAUACAAUUCGAACUGGUCAGCGCCGAGCCCUGUUGCUAAACCACCACCCCCCCACCCCUCUAACCAAACUCUGAAUUGCAAUUAGGAAACCAAUAGAAGCGCAUUGCGUCUCUGUGUUUCUCUGUGCUUUCCUGUACUAACGAGUAUUUGCGAUCAAUCGCCAACGACCAUCGGCACGUCCAUUCAACUGCACUCAACCCACACAGAAAAAAAAAAUAGAAAAAAAUAGAAAAAAAAAAACAAACGACUUUGUGCGCAGUGCAAAAAGCUAAAUAAAAAUACGGCACAAAUCGUGAUAAAUUUUCGCUUAAAUUGUGCAAACGAUUUUGGUGAUUUCCGAGCUGCUUCUUUUUUUGUUUUCUAACAAAAAACAUUUAACAACGACUGCUGGUGUGUGUGAGUGAGUGCAGGUGUAUGUGUGUGUAACUUAUUAAAAUUUGUUGUGCAUUCGCGAAACGUCGAACGAUUUCAAAAAGAUCGAACUACACUCAGCUUGGCAAGUGUAACAUUCUUUAAGUGCAUAACAAGUUGUUUAUUCAACAACAACAACUGCAGCAACAACAUUAACUGCUACAACAACAACAACAACAACAACAACAACAACAACAAGAAGGGGCACAAGUAUUGUAAUUAGAACUGCGCAAAUUGCUUUGAACUGCCAGUUUAUGAGUACAAAAGAGAUUUGAUGAGUCGCAUAUCAAUUUAACCUAGGUUUCUAGACCGAUCUGAAAAUGCCUGGAACGGCAGCUUAACACUUUUAUCCAAGUCAAAGUGCAAAAUUGAAAGCGAUCCCAACCAGCAGCAGCGGCUGCAACCAGAAUAAACAACUGAACAAAUCACAAUCCGCAAUCAGUCAAAAUGCCGUCGCAACCUCAGCAACUGCCAGGAUCAACAUCAGCAGCAACAGCAGCAGCAGCAGCAAAUGGCGGACCACGUGUCAGCUUCAAUCGGGAUGUACAUGUGAAGCGUAUAGCCAAGCGUCCCAACGAGCCCUCGGAGUACGACUACGAGACGACAGAUCUAGCUCCUAUUGGCAGCAUUGGCAUACAACAAAGUUACCAUCAGCUCCCGCCGGAUAUCGAUCCCGAGGACAUACGCAAAGAGGCCGCCCUAGUCAUCGCACAGGCCGGUCAACACCAAAGCAAGGCAGCCAACGGGGAUAAUAUACCCACAUUCCGUGUGAAGCAGAAGCGCCAAAGCGCCUCCAGUGAUUCACAGCGUUUCCAUUCGCUACCCACGCGUCGCAAAAAGGGCAAACCCGUGGCGCGCAGCGUCAGCGACGCGGCGGCAACCAAGAAACCAGCAAAGCGCCCCUCAAUCUUUGGACUUUUCAGUCGCAAGAGCGACACGAAUGUCAGCCAAUUGGAUCGGGAUCCACGUUUCGAGGACGGCGGCGGUCGGCGUUUAGUUCGUAGUAAAAGUGAUGUUGGCAGUGCCAACCACAAGGAGGCGCGCAGCAAAGUAAGCAAAAAGAACGACCCACCGACAACAGCCAAACAACAGCUGAGUCCGAUCAUUGAACAAACGCAACGAGAGGACUUCUUUGAGCAGGACUAUUUUCGUGAACGCGAGAGACGCAAGUCAGACGCAGUUACAGUGCGGGAAAAGCAUGACAGCGAGAAAGGUCUGACUGAAUUGCUCUCGCGCAGCCGUUCCAAGGCGCAAGUGGACGGCCCUUUAUUUAAAAAGCAAUCAGGAUCUGGUACAGGUAUAGGUACGGGUACAGCUUCAGGUCCCUCAAUAUCUGCUGGUAUUCGGGAUCGCAUUGAGACACUCAAGUCCAAGUCCAGCGAGAAUAUGCAUAGCUCGCAGCAGCCCGCAGAGCGCUUGCCGCUCACCAAGGGUCGCACUGUCAAUGGGCUUGUGAAGCGGCUCUCGAUGGAGCGCUUCUCACCCCAACCCGUCAUUAGUCAGCCGGCUUUUUCCUAUAUACGGCCAAACGAGGGCAUCACCUACGCCCAGCUCGAUCUCAGCGACGAGCAGCAGCGUGUUUCUGGUCGCGAUUUGCGCACACCACAGCGUGAAUUUGCACCGCCCAGGCCACCUAGGGCCAACGACAGACCGUUGCGUAGUCUACCGCAGCGUAGCUACUCACCCAUACAGAACGGAGGAGCACCGCCAGCAAGACUGGCCAGCUCUUCUCAUUCGCCAUCACCCUGGCAACAAUUGAGUCCACGUAAUCUUAGCGAUGAGGAUGAGGGUUUGGGCUUUGAGACACGCAAGGUGUAUUAUGAGGACGAGAUACCCAAACAGGAGCGUGAGAGGGAACGGCGCGCAGAACCACCCAUUGUGCCGGUUAUAAGAAGCGUCAGUCCGGCGCCCUACCUCGAUGAGCUGGGCUACAGGAGGGCACAGCUAGAGAACCGCAUACUGACCCGCCGUUUUGGCGAGGGUGCCACGCUGGAACGCCAGCACAACUUCAGGCAGGAGCGGGAGCACGAUCGGUUUCGUGAUUAUCCCAGCCCGGAACGGGAGCGAGAGCGGGAUCGUGAGUUGCCUGCUGAUGAACGUUACCAUCGGCCUGCCCCGAUGGAGUAUACACAGGAUCGGGGUCACCCGACGCCUGAGAACAGCAGCACGCUGCCGAAAAUGGAGAAGAGCUCGCGCUACCGCCACACCAAGUACUAUGACGACGGUCACGGUGGCAUCAAGGAGACCUAUGUGCGGGAGACACAAAGGGAUGGACAGGUGCGCGAGUCGCGGCAUCGUGAACGUCUCGGCUCCUCGCCAAGGGAACUUGAGCGCGACUACAAUUCCGCAGAGCGACACGAGCAGGAGCCGAAAAGCCUGGACUCGCAGCUUACGGAUCAAUAUAGAUCCUCACCGGAGCUGCGCAUCACAGAGCGCGGACGACUGCCGCAGCAGCAGGACUAUUGGCAGAGCAGCCUGAAGCGCGACAAGCUGCAGCAGCGUAGCUUUGACAAGGGCGACUCGGGCAUUGAGAACGAUUUUCGCAAGGAAUCCUUCAAUGGCGACCUAACCACACGAUGGCGCAAGCGCACGGCCCUUGAUGAUAUGAGGGCCUGCGAGUCCUUUUUGCGUAAGGAGCGCCGCGAGAGCGCCCAGCAGCUGCAACAGCAGCGGCAAUCGGCGUCGACGCGUCACAGCUAUGUGUACCGGGAGCGCUCUAUUGACGAUGGCUCCCACUUCGAUCCGCAUUUGGACAAGUAUCCGGUGUCCACGAGCACAUUGCGGCGCCGAGAGCAGCAAGCGCAGCAGGUGAAACAGCGUGAGGAUUCGAGCACACUAAAGCGCAACAAAAAGCUGGGCGGCUUCGAGAAGGUGAAGCAGCUGUUUACGGGCAACGGCAGUGGCAGCCAUGGUGGCAGCGGGCGCAGCAGCGGCAGCAAUGUCUCCAGCGCGAAGAAGGACACACAAUCGCGCCUAACUAACGGCACCAGCAGCACCCUCAGUCGCCGCGACAAGGAGAACACGGAGCAAAGGGGCAGGGAGAAGGACAAGGAGCGCUAUAUGGUCCGGGAGGAGGAGAUGCGUUCGCGCUACCGCGAACAUCAACCACUGACCGAAGAGACCUCACGCGAACCAAAGACUAUGGACAUCUCUAUGCGACGCCGUCUAUCCACACCGAAAGCUAGUCCCUUGCUGCUGAAGCGCGGCUCCGCGGAUAAGCCGCCCAAGAAGCAGAAGGAAACGGCCAGCUCGACGCCAGUCAAAGCCGAGAAGACAAGCUGGUUCAAGUCUCUGGAUCGUCGUGCCAAGAGCAAUCCCAAGGAGCAGCUGAACGUUUCGGUCAAUGGACACAGUGAGGCCAGUUCCAGCCUAAAGCGCAGCAAGCGCAAUGCGUCCGCAGCGCCGGCCAAGAAUUUGCGUUUCUUUGGUGACACGGACUUGGACUCGAAUCCGCCAACAAUAUCAAAGGCGAGCAGCAUGCCGCGACGACGUCCACAGCUGGCGCACUCGAAACACUCGCAGAGCGCCUAUAAUCUGGACCGUAGCCCGCCGCCGCCGUCGCGCGACUAUCGCCAGAGUCUCUCCGGGCAGGCCGUGACAACGGCUCGGCAACGUGCCAGCUCUAUGCAGCACUUGGAGCACGGCAGCGACGAGGUUGAUUUCCGCAAGCGGCGUCACUAUUCGCGCUCCCGCGAGCUACACGACAUAUCGGAGAGCGGCUCCGAGCCGGAGCCCGUCGAGCGGCACAAGCGUGGCAAUGUUGCGCAGCGUGCCAUGUCGCUGGAGCGCACGGCGGAUGUGCCACAGCGCUUCGAGGAGCGGCCACUGCUGGGGCCGCCGAAGCCGGCUCGCAGUGCCGAACGACGAGGGUUGCACCCCAGUGCAGAUGGCGGCUACGGCAAGGAACGCUAUCCCGCGGAGAGCUCUGGCACCGAGGGCGAGUCCAGUCUGCACAGCCAGCGCAGCGUGGUCUAUUUGCAUGCCACCACCGUGGGUGAUAUACCACAGCCAUACAAUUUGCGCCGUCGCUCAAUGUCUCGUGAUGAUCUGCGCAAGGGCGGCGGCGGUGCAGCUGGAAGUGGGGCUGCUGCCAAGCCGCCCUUGCAGCCCAUGACGCGUACCGUCUCUCGCUCUGUCUCCAUGCUGGCGCCCUGGAAGCCCAAGCACAUCAGCGAGGGCUACGAGAUCAACUACUCGCAGGAGCAGAACAAGCGCAUUUCCACGCUGCCACGUAAGCCACCACCGCAUAAUGGCGCAACCAGCGCGAGCACGCUGAGCCGACUGGGUCGCAAGCACCAUGAUGCGGCCACACGACGCCCCAAUGGCUACCAUGUGGAUGAGCGUACUCCACCCACCAGGUCGCUGUUGUCAGCAUCGAAUUUACGCACCGCCAAGACAAAGUGAGCCGAUGGGAAGACCAGGUGCUGCCGUUACCGCUGCUGUUAAUAUUUAACUACACUUAGUUGCUAAUCGUAAUCCGAAUCGAAACAUAUUUCUAAUCAAUGGCAGGCCGCAAGGGCGCAGUCCGGAGACGGAUCUGUGCUCCAGCCAAGCGGUAUUUAGUUCUCUAGGGACUCUUAACCUUUGUUGCAAUUCUCGUCAUAUUGUAAAUGUGAAGUGUAUGUAAUUUUAAUAAAAUCACAACUCUUAACUUAG